AUGGCGGAGUGCGAUAUCCCACAACUACCGCGUCGUUCCUCGUCUCGGACCUCCUCCUCUUCCCGGCGAAGUCAGAAGGCUAAGACCGUCCGUGCCCGCUCGCAAAAACGUAAUUCGGCCUCUUCCAGUGCCACAGCCACCGACCUGACCUCGUUCCCUUCGCUCUCCCCAGACCGCUCCCCAGAGGGGUUCGUCGGCCAGCCCGCGCUGAACCGUGCGUUGACCAAUGCCUUGUUGGAAGGUGAAGAAGGUAGUGAAAGUACACCGGAUGUCAAUCGAGAUCGGAGGUCUACCUUGGCCAGGCUGACGGGUGGCUCGACACCGAGCCCUGGCCGUGCUGCCCUGUUCGGGGAUUCGGUGCCCAUUCGCGAUUUUCCGGGGGCGUUGCACCUGGCGGAUGAUUCUCAUAUUGAGCGUCUGAUUGCGAGUACCGGUGCUGUUAAGCUGGUGCGACAGUUCGCCCGUGAUUUGGCACAGCGCGAUGCGGAGAUUUCAGCUCUGCGACAGCGGGCUGAUGCGAGGGAGAGGGAGUUGAAGAGGAUGCUUCGGGAGGUUUCUGUCUCGAAUCAGGACAUUGAGCGUCGACUAUAUCAGCUGGAGAAUGCGCCGUUGGGCGAUGAAGCUAGUCAGGAACAUGGUGGCAACACCGAACAACCAGGGAGCUCCGCCUCCAGUAUGCACGGACUGAUGCAGCAGGCGAUGAUUGAUGGGCUUGGAUCUCAUGUUCAUGAGGAAGGCACAGACGCUGCUUCAAAUCAUGUGCAGGCUACUGUUCGAGGCCCCCAGCGUCUCGAUAGCGAUGCACGCUCUGGCAAUUCUAGCGUGGAGUCGGGAACAAAUCGCAAGAGACACGGGUCCAUUCGAAGUUGGCAGGAAUUUAUUUUCGGUAAUACGACGAGUAGCCGGAAGACGAGUCGGGCGAGCAGCGUGAUGGGUGAGGUCGAAGAGGAAGAAACCCAGCGUCAGCGAAAUCUUACCAACCCCUCUAGUCGCCGAAAAGCGCUGGACGAGCAACUAUUUCAGCCCCCAGAAGGCCAAGUAGGGCCUAGUGCGGGUGAAGUUGCUGGGAAACAUCUCAAUGCAUCCACUGGCGGAGACGACGCCAGUACUCACUCACGCAAGUCAUCCAAGUCGCUGUCCUCGUGGACGGUCAAGUUGUUUGCUGGGAACUCACAAGCGAAGGACGAGACCAAUAGUGAUGAUGGCCGCGGCAGAGCUUCAUCCACGAAUUGGGGUAGUAGCAAAGGUGUAUCUCCUGCGCUCCCCCCUAAUGCUAAGGGGCCUGUUUCAGCCAUGGCCGCACUGAAGCGGAUCAAUAGCAAUACUAGCGUGCACAGCGCUCCUGGGCGGGCAACUGGGCCCAACAGCGUGGCCAAAUCUGGCCAAAUCAGCCGGAGGCAACCAUCUGCAAGUGUCUCGCAAGGAACGAACCCGGACGCUACAGCUAAAAACGCGACCAGCCUCGGGCCCGUUGAGAUGGAUGCCAUUCUUCCCCUGGAAUCAAGACCCCCUACUCUUUCGAACAUGUACAACAACUACCAGCCAGGCGAGUUGCUGACUGACCGUUUUGGAUUCAUCUACGACCAGCGUCGGAAGAAAAGACAAAGGGAGGCGAACGCUUUCAAGAAUGCCGGAGGCAGCAACCGGCUCAGCAUUGCGGAAACUCUCAGCAGCUUACGGAGCGACGCUUCCGAUGGUGAUGAUGCAUCCGACUCUUUGAAGCAACUACAGCCAGUGCCAGAGCCUCAGCCUUCGCCUGUGUCUGCGUCCCCCGAGAUCCCGGAAACUGGUACAGUCGCACUUCGGAGAUGGCAAGAUUACUUGAGGGUACCCACGGGACCGGCAGAAUUGCUGUCACAUACGCCCUCAGCUGGUCCUAUCGUAUCCCUCACCACAGCAGGCGACAGCUCACCUCGCAAUUCUGCUGUGGCUGUCGACAAACGUGGCGCAGUUUCUGUCAAUUCGAACUCUCAGCCAUCGGCAUCUACAUCGACAGUAGUCGCAGACCGCCCCGAGUUUGCCGGAGUUUCCUCCGACGAGCCAGCCGCAUUAAGUCUGGCUGCAGGCGAAAAUGAACCCGUUAAAUUGCUGCUCGAGCAAUUGACAGAACUACAUGACUCCCUACAACGUGAUCGGACCGUGCGGUGGAACGAGUUCCUGCGCAAAGUGCGUGCAGAGCGCAGAAAAGACGGCGAAGCUGCCGCAGCAGCGGCCGCCACCUCCGACCGUGCGCUACAGUCUGUCGACAUGCCCGAAGCAUCGCUCGCCGAUGGCGAAGUGGUGGGUAUUUCUGGCCUAGGUAACAAGGGGAAAGUCGGCCGUGCCAAAUGGCGCGAGUUCCGGGUCCUCGUACUGGGCGGUAUUCCAGUUGCCCUGCGGGCAAAGGUCUGGUCCGAAUGCAGUGGCGCUUCUUCGAUGCGGGUACCUGGUUACUACGAUGACCUGGUGAAGGGUACCGGUGGCUUGGAGCCCGACUCGUCGGUCGUCGCCCAGAUUGACAUGGACAUCAACCGGACUCUCACCGACAAUGUGUUCUUCCGCCGAGGACCCGGCGUUACCAAGCUCAAGGAGGUGCUCCUGGCCUACUCCCGUCGCAACCCGGAGGUCGGCUACUGCCAGGGCAUGAACCUCAUCGCCGCAUCUCUUCUGCUUAUCACCCCAACUGCUGAAGACGCCUUUUGGCUCCUCACAUCUAUGAUUGAGGUGAUCCUUCCCGAACACUACUACGAUCAUGGCCUGCUAGCCUCCCGAGCCGACCAAGUGGUACUGCGCCAGUACAUCGCCGAAAUCCUGCCUAAGCUAUCCGCCCAUCUUGAGAGUCUGGGCGUUGAACUCGAGGCAUUGACGUUCCAAUGGUUCCUCUCCGUCUUCACCGACUGCCUCUCAGCCGAAGCCCUCUACCGCGUCUGGGACGUAGUCCUCUGUCUGAAUGUAACCAGCGCCGUCAACAACCCUUCCGCCACCGGCACAGCCAAUGCCCCUUCUUCCACCUUCACGACGGAUCCUAACGACUCGAACCCCAGCGCCAGCGGCAACGGGGGCGGCAGCACAUUUUUAUUCCAAGUAGCUCUCGCCCUUCUCAAACUCAACGAGCAACAACUCCUCACCACCUGCUCCACCCCAGCCGAAUUGUAUACCUACAUCAACCAUCAAAUGACCAACCACGCCAUCAGCAUCGACGGCCUCAUCCAAGCCAGCGAAGCUCUUCGGAACGUCGUCCGGCGCGAAGACGUGGUGGCUCGUCGUGCGGAAGCUCUCCGCGAGAUGCAGGAGUUCACGCGAAGCCGCCCGACCUCGUCAGGGGAUAGUUAA